GCAUCGAAGUAUGUCCUAUUUCAAACCAAGUUUUGGGCUUAGUAGGUGAUAUGCGAAAUCAUCCUUUAUCAUCGAUGAUUAUGGAUAAUUAUCCUAUUGUGAUAAGUUCUGAUGACCCCGGAUUUUGGGGAGCUAAAGGAGUUACAUACGAUUGGUAUAUGACUUUUAUUGGAAUAGCAUCCGUUAAUCAAGAUUUACAUUUAUUAAAACAAUUAGCACUAAAUUCUAUUGAACAGUCAUCGUUACCAAAAGAUGAAAAAGAAAAUUUACUGAGUCACUGGCAAAAUCUCUGGAAAAAAUAUAUAGAAGUUGCCAUUAGCAGAUCCCAAGGUAUUGAAGACAACGUUCAUAAAUCUGAUUUCUCAUGAAUAGUGCUGGAGAAAAAUCG